AUGGCAUUCUACUCCCCCUCGGCGUCUUCCGUCGCCUCCUUUUCGGACGCCUCCACUGCUCCGACCACGCCUGGGUCGGGUUCGCCUCCUCCCGGUCCCGCCUACGUGCUCGUCCUCGGCGGUCUCGGCUUCAUUGGCUCCCACACCGCCCUCGAGCUGCUGAAGGCCGGCAAGAACGUUGUCAUCGUCGAUGACCUCUCCAAUGCCUUUGAGACUGUCCUCUCCUCGAUCCGUGAGGCCGCCGCCCUCUGGUGCAAUGCCAACGGGCGAACGGUUCCCGCCCUCAAGUUCUACGAGAUGGACUACCGCUCUCCCGGUCUUCGCCUUGUGCUUGACAGCUACCGCAUCAGCGGCGUCAUUCACUUCGCCGCCUUCAAGUCUGUCUCCGAGUCCAUCGCCCAGCCCCUCGACUACUACAUGAACAACGUGUGCGGCCUCGUCUCUCUGCUGAAGACGCUCGACAGCUACGGUAUCAAGAAGUUUGUUUUCUCCUCCUCAGCCACUGUUUACGGCACCAAGGCUGAGCAGGGCGUCCCGCUGCGCGAGGAGGACGUCGUGCACCACCCCCACACCUACGAGCGCGAUGGCGAGACUGUCACUGCCAUUCCCGGCGCCAUGGGCCUCACUUCCCCCUACGGCCGCAGCAAGUACUUUGGCGAGGCAAUCCUCGCCGACCUUGCCUACUCUGACCCGUCCUGGUCCAUCCUCGCCCUGCGCUACUUCAACCCGAUCGGCUGCGACGCCUCUGGACUCCUGGGCGAGGACCCUCGUGGCGUGCCGACGAACCUCUUCCCUGUCCUUGCUCAGGUUCUGACGGGCGACCGCCCACGGCUCGAGAUCUUCGGUUCAGACUGGGAGACGCGGGACGGUACCGCGGUGCGCGACUUCAUCCACGUCUCAGACCUUGCGCGCGGGCACAUUGCUGCGCUGGACGCCAAGGUCGACGAGCCCUUCCGCACCUUCAACCUGGGCACUGGCACUGGCACGACGGUGGCCGAGGCGCACGACGCGCUCGAGGCUGCGAGUGGACGCAAGAUCCCCGCCGUCCUCGCCCCGAGGCGCGAGGGCGACGUCGGCUCCUGUGUCGCUGCCAACGCCCGCGCCACCGCCGAGCUCGGGUGGACGACGACGGAGAGCCUGCUUCAGAGCGCACGCGACCUGUGGCGCUUUGUCGCCCGCGUCCGCGCCGUCUAA